GCCAUCUUCUUGAAAUCGAUCCGAAAUGCACUGCAAUAUCUCCGAGGUGUUCCCCAGUGUGGAAUCCGCUUGGCAGUACAAGAAGACGCUGCUGCUGGUAUUGCUCUCCAUCAUGAAUAUUAGGGAUUCUUUGGGAUUCCCCGGACGCAACGCUUUCUUUCAAUUAGAUGUAUCUAACUGGCAGCCUCCCUUGCUUCAACUGUCCCUGCUGGAGUGUCGAAUUGUCGACGAAAUUGCGUCUCUCUUGGAUGUUGACUCCCACCGAACCGUGCCAUUGUUAAUGCCGGUCUUGGGGAAAAGGACGAGGUGAUUCCGAGCAAUCGGUGAGAACCUGGCAGAAUUCUUUUUGUAAGUAGGGACAUAAAAAUAAUAAUGCUAG